AUGAAUGAGAAUUUCUCGAGAAUAUCGCGUCUAAUUAAGUCUAAAAUCGAUGAUACGAUCGAUAAGAUUUCCAUAAUGUCAGCACCAUAUUCAUAUUCCUAUAUAUUUAAGUAUAUCAUAAUUGGCGACAUGGGGGUUGGAAAGAGCUGUCUAUUACAUCAAUUUACUGAAAAGAAGUUUAUGGCAUCAUGUCCGCAUACAAUUGGCGUGGAGUUUGGAACGAGAAUAAUUGAGGUCGAUAAGCAAAAGAUCAAAUUACAGAUUUGGGACACUGCUGGUCAAGAGAGAUUUCGUGCUGUAACACGUUCUUAUUAUCGUGGAGCUGCUGGUUGUCUUAUGGUUUAUGAUAUAACGAGACGUUCUACAUAUAAUCACUUGAGCUCUUGGCUAACCGAUACAAAAAAUCUAACAAAUCCAUCGACUGUGAUAUUUUUGAUUGGUAACAAGUCCGAUUUAGAGUCAACACGUGAAGUAACGUACGAGGAAGCAAAGAAAUUUGCCGACGAGAAUGGCUUAAUGUUUGCUGAAACGAGUGCAAUGACGGGACAGAAUGUUGAAGAGGCAUUUUUGGAAACAGCCCGUAAAAUUUAUCAAAGUGUCCAAGAUGGCAGACUAGAUCUGAAUAGUGCGGAAAGUGGUGUACAACAGAAGCAGCCACAGCGACAAGGCAGAACAUCUUUAACUGAUGAUACUCAAACAAAUAAGGACAAUUGUUCCUGCUAAUUCUAAAGCGGAUGACAUUUAUUUUCUUAAUUAUUAUUUCCACUUAUUACCAAUAUAAUCCCCAAUAAUGAGCUUGUUCAUUAUUAUCUAAAAAACUCUUUGAAACUCUUGACUCCUUGAAAUUUCCACGACCAUACCAAAAAGUCUUUAUCCCUGUUAAAUAGUUAUGAAGAAUUACCUUAAAAAUGAAAUAAUAAUAAUUAUAACGAUACUUGAUAUUUUGUUGUUAUUAUGCAAUGUGUGAUGAUUCAGUAUUCCAUUUUUAUGUCGCUAUUCUCAACAAAUUUAUAUUCAUACUUGAAAUGAUAAGAAUUAAUCCAUAUUUGGCGGGUCUCGUUCAUCCAUGACGUCUUAAUCAUGAAAUAUUUCAUGCAAAAGUGUGUAUUGAAGUUUAAUACAGCUCAAGACCCCUCCCAUACUUCUUAAGUAAGAAGCCCGUACCGUUUAGUUUGACAGUUCAAGCUUCUUACAAUUUGUUUGACUCGGAAAAAGAAGGAGGGGGGGGGGGGUCUAAAAAUGAAUUAUUCUUCGAUACGAUUAUAGAUGAAUGAUUCCCAAGAAAAGACGCACGAAAUAAAAUUAAUUUUGAGUGAGAUAUUGAUAUGCUGCAUAACUGAUGAUUCCUGAACGAAUUUAUUGUGUCAGUUGCUGUUCUGGAUGUUUUGAGGAACAGUUCUGAUUGGGUUUUCCAUUUCAAUUGUAUAAAAACUAUUUGUCACGUUCAGGAUACGAUUUACAAACAUUAUGGAGAGAUUUAAAUUAAUCUGUGGAUUAAGAUUGAGGGGUUCGUUCAUUAAUGAUGUCAAACUUUAAGGAAGAGGAAUAGGGUAAAGUUGUUUGACAACAUCAUAUUAAAUUUGUAAAAUACUCCUCUGGUGGCCUCAAAUUCUCAUUUUUUGAAAGACCUCACUUAAGAAUGAGACUUCAAAAUAAGUCUUAUAAGGCAAAAAUUAAUUCAGAAGAUUAAAUCUUAAUUCGAAGGGUUUAACUUUAAAUCUUAAGAUUUAACAUUAAAUCCACUGGAUUAAUUUAAAUCUCUCCAAAUUUAUAUCAAUCAAAAUUAAAAAUGUAGAUGUGUUAAGCUCAUGCCGAUAUUGAGUAAUGUAGCUAAUUAGCAUAGACAAAUUUAUAUUUCAUUUCUGAUUUUCUUUCUACUUUUCCUUUUCUAUAUCAUUUACGAAUCUGCAGACAC